AUGGUCGAUUUGCAGUUGUUCACACCGCUCAUUAGAUACUCGGAGCCAGAAGAAGGCGAGCCUCAAACAAUCCAUCCGAACAAGGAGCAGCUCUCCCGUCGCCAUGCCAUCAUUCCAGAUCAGCCAUCUGAAAAUCAGGAGACGUCCUCUCAAGGAUGUUGCUCAUCGGACAACGUCAUCAUAGUUCCACAUGUCCAAAUCUCUCCAAAUGAGAGUCAUUUGUUCAAUCGAGCCAUUAGCUCAGGCGGUGGAUUGUUGGCAGAUCUCCAAAGAGCCACCAUCGCAUCACAGGCGUUCUACGCCGAAGCCUCCGAACCACAGAAAAAUCGAUCGCCGUGGAUUCUGAAGCGGCUUUACGAGUGGUCGGGACGAGCAAAACGUCGAGAGAUCAUAAAACAUGUACAGGCGGCGUUGGAGACUUCCAAGGAUCAUGAAAUCGAAGAUGACGAGUUGGAAAAGUUGUUGCCCGUCUCCUACGAGGAGAUGUUCCUAGGCGACGACACAUCCACUCUCCCGCCAGCCAAACAAAAAUACCUUCAAGCCGUCUGGGAGCUCUUCCACACCGAGCUCGUCUUCCUCUAUCGCCAGCUCUUCGUGCUCCGCGAUGUUUACAAGGAGCCGCUGAAGAGGUGUCAAGUCGAAGGGUGUCUGCUGCUUGUCGAGCCUGACCUCCUUUUCGGAAAUUUGGAUCAACUUUGCAGAAUCUCGCGAACAUUCUGUCAGUCCUUCCUCUCGCUUCUCAGUACCGUAGACAAGGAGGUUUGGGAUUGUACACAGCUGGUGGUCGAUUUGUUUGAGAGGUUCUCCAAAGGCCCAUCAACGAUCUCCGCCUAUCAGGCCUACUGUAUCAACUACAAAGCAACCAUGGAAUAUUUGGGAUCCAUCCGUCAGAAGGAAGAGCGAUUCACAGAAUUUGAGCGAAUCUGCUUGGCCGACGAGAGAUGCUUCAGACUACAGCUCGAGGAUCUGCUAAUCGCACCACUUCAAAGGAUAACGCGUCUCCCGAUCCUUCUCCGUGAGAUUCAUAAACGAUCCGAAGAUGAGGAGAGUAAGGGAAAAGUGGAGAAGGUGAUCGACACAAUGACCGAAUCGCUGAGGUCCAUCGAUGAUAGUGUGCAGUGGCUGCACAAUUUUGAACGGCUCCAACAGUUGCAGACACAGGUUGUCUGGCCGAAUAUUAGCGAGCUGGAGCCGAAAUCUUAUAUUCCUGAUUUUCUGCGCGUCGCACUUUCCCGUCAAUUCUGUGAGAACCUUCUUGCUCAUCCUCGUCGAAAGCUGAUUCAUGAAGGACCGCUGGAACUUGUGGAAAAUGGUCGUACUGUGGAUAUGUAUGCAUUUUUGUUCAACGACAUGUUCGUGCUCACAAAGACCAAGAAAUGUGCUUCCAAGUUGAAAGUGAAAGGAGUCCCACUCGGCAAAUCCGAGCACUACAUUGUUCAGCGUCAACCAGUCCCACUUGAUUCUUGUGUUUUCUGUGAUGCCGAUUCCAACGAUCAAGCUACACCGAUGUCGCUGAAAUUCGCGUUCGUUAUUAUUCAUUUGACACGAUACUACCAGGUGGUUGGUAUCUACACACUCCAGGCGGCUGAUAAGGCGGAUAAGGAACUGUGGAUUGAGAAAUUCCAGGAAUCGAUUGAGAAUUAUGAGUCGAUUCAGUUGAAGGACAUGCUCAAGUGCACGCCAUUGUUCUCCAGUUUGAGCUUGAGAAGAUGCUCCAGCUCUCGUCUCAUGUCCAAAUCCGACCCUCCAAACACUCCAAAUCUCUCAAAAGACGAGACAAAAGAGGAGAAAAAAGAGUGCUGCUCAUCGGCCGCCGCUACCAAUCAAUAA